CAUUUUUCACGUGCAAUGAUCUUCGCCAUUGAGGAGAUUAACAACAGUACAAAGCUGCUUCCAGGCAUCAGGCUCGGUUAUCAAAUCCUUGACUCCUGUGCCUCAGUUUCCAUGGCAGUGGAAGUGGCCUUUCAGCUUUCAAGUGGCCUGGAUCAAGUGUUAUACACAGCUGACAACUGCUCACAGUCUGGUAUGGUGAAGGCUAUUGUUGGUGAGUCUGGGUCUGGACAAUCCAUUGCCAUGUUGCGUGUCAUCGGUUCAUUCAACAUUCCUCAAGUGAGCCACUCUGCGACGUGUGCAUGCUUGUCCAAUAAGCAGCAUUUUCCCAGUUUCUUCAGAACUGUGCCUAGUGAUCAGUUCCAAGCUGAUGCACUGGCCAAGCUGGUGAAACGGUUCGGCUGGACUUGGAUUGGUGCCGUCCGAUCAGAUACAGACUACGGUAACUAUGGCAUGACAUCUUUCCUGAAUGCAGCAUACAAAGAGGGGAUCUGUGUGGAAUACUCUGAAUCCUUCUAUCGUGGUGACCCACGUAGCAAGAUCCAGAGAGUGGCUGACGUCAUUCGCAGGUCUACAGCAAUUGUUGUUGUGGCCUUUGCGGCCUUUGGAGAUAUGAGUGUACUGCUGAAGGAGCUGUCUCAUAAGCCUUCACCACCUCGCCAGUGGAUAGGCAGUGAGUCCUGGUUGAUUCACCCAGACAUGCUAAAGUUCACCUUCUGUGCUGGAGCUGUUGGGUUUGGUAUCCCAAGAUCUAUCAUCCCAGGUCUGAGAGACUUCCUGAUGGAUCUCUCUUCCACUAAAGUGGCAACCUCCCCAAUACUAACAGAGUUUUGGGAAGAUGCAUUUAACUGCAGCAUUAAAAAAGGUGCUGCCACAAACAAAAGAGUUUGUGAUGGAAGUGAAGACAUAAAGAAGCUCCAGAGUCCGUACACUGACACAUCUCAGCUCCGUAUAACUAACAUGGUGUACAAGGCUGUUUAUGCAAUAGCUCAUGCAAUUCAUGAUGCUGUGUGUCAGAAGAUUAAUUUGACAACUCAGUGUGACAAACUAAUCAGUAUAGAGGCAAAACAGAUUUAUUCUCAGCUGAAAAAAGUCAACUUCUCCCAAAAUGGUUAUCAUGUGUCGUUUGAUGCCAACGGGGAUCCUGUGGCCAUGUAUGAGCUGGUUAACUGGCAGAAAAGUAAGAGUGGCAGCCUUGAGAUGGUGACAGUAGGAUACUAUGAUGCUUCACUGCCAGAGGGCCAAGAGUUCCACAUCUACCAGAACCUCACCUGGAUGGAGGACAGGACACAGGUGCCUGUGUCAGUGUGCACAAACAGCUGUCCUCCAGGAACUCAUAAAGUGCUGCAGAAGGGAAAACCCAUAUGUUGUUAUGACUGUGUCCAAUGUCCUGAGGGAGAGAUUAGCAACACCACAGAUUCACGCAAUUGUUUCCUUUGCCCAAAAGAAUUCUGGCCUAAUGCAGAGAGAGACACUUGUUUACCAAAGCCUGUGGAGUUUCUCUCUUACAACGAGGUUCUAGGAAUCAUCUUGGCUACAUUCUCCGCUGGUGGAGCUUGUCUGGCUGUUAUAACCGCAACUGUGUUCUUCCGUCACAGAACCUCCCCCAUAGUCAGAGCCAACAACUCUGAGCUGAGCUUCCUGCUGCUCUUCUCCUUGACUCUGUGCUUCUUAUGCUCACUAACCUUCAUUGGAGUCCCCUCAGAGUGGUCCUGCAUGCUGAGACACACAGUGUUUGGCAUUACCUCCGUCCUCUGCAUCUCUUGUGUUCUGGGGAAAACUCUAGUUGUGUUGAUGGCCUUCAAAGCGACACAACCAGGCAGCAAUAUCAUGAAGUGGUUUGGUCCUCCACAGCAAAGAAUGACUGUGGUGUCUUUCACAUUCAUCCAAGUUUUAAUCUGCACUGUGUGGUUGGUUUUUAACCCUCCUUUUCCCAUCAAAAAUCUCUCAACGUACAAAGACAGAAUCAUCCUGGAGUGUGCAUUAGGUUCAGCAGUUGGGUUCUGGGCUGUGCUGGGCUACAUAGGCCUGCUUGCUGUGUUUUGCUUUGUGUUGGCUGUUCUAGCCAGAAAACUACCUGAUAAUUUCAAUGAAGCCAAGUUCAUCACCUUCAGCAUGCUGAUAUUCUGUGCAGUCUGGAUCACCUUCAUUCCAGCUUAUUUCAGUUCUCCCGGGAAGUUUACUGUGGCUGUGGAGAUAUUUGCUAUUCUGGCCUCUAGUUUUGGAUUAAUACUGUGCAUAUUUGCUCCAAAGUGUUUUAUCAUAUUGUUUAAACCACAGAAAAACACCAAGAAAUAUAUAAUGAACAUAAGUUAAAUGGCAAAUAUGGUGUAAAUUACAAUAAAUACAUAAUAAAUUAUUUUUGUGAUUGUACUAGUAUUAUAUUUAAUUAAUAAAUAAAUUAUAAAUAACUAAAAUAAAAUAAAUACAACUUUUGAGUAACCAAAAGGCAAAUAAAUAGAAUAACCAAAUUGUUAGUUUUUUCUGGCUAUGUAGUUACAUUUUUAAUUUUAAUUUCUUUCUAUUGCCACAAUUUUCAAAUAAUAAUUUAUCUAUUUUAUUAUUUUAUUUUAUUUAUCUAUUUAUCUAUUUAUUUUUUUAUAUAAUUUUUUUUUUUAAUUUAUUAUUAUUUUUUUUUUUAUAAAUUGUACUGUUCUGUUUCUUUGAAUAAUAUUUAAAAACACGUAACAACAUAUGGUAUAUAUAUAUAUAUAUCUGGUAUUUAUAUGGUUUAACAUAAUGAAUGAAAAGUAGAAAAUCUUGUUCUAAUUAUAGCUGAAAUCAGAGAUUUACACUGCAUAAAACGACACCUAUUGUAUUUGUACUACAAAAAAGUUUCGGUGAGAACUACAUGGCAACACUACCAACGCUUGGGGCGGCCUCCCCUAGCAACAGGACAGUGAAAUCGGGUGUAAAUGUCCGGGUUCCUACAGUUUCUGAAAGGCCAAAUUCAAGCACCUUUCUAGCACUUAUAUGGUCCGUCUUCAAGCUUUUCCAGCGAUUGGAUAAGUGUCACUGUCUGUCUAGUAGACUGUUAAUAUUAGUUUAUGUACAGUUGUUUGUUAUAAAACAAGACACCAACCUCGCCCCUGAAAAUAAAACAAAACAAAAAACUGUCUCCCAGAGAACUUUCAAUAAAGUAUUUAACAGAAUAAAAAUAAACAGGCAGAAAGUCAGCAUAUUUAACCAUUUAUACAUAAUUUUAUACAUAUACAUUGCAGUAAUAUUCACAUAAAAACAAAAAUACUUUUAUGCAUACAUGUUUCUAUAACAAAUCUUCAGUUCAGUUUUCAGUUGAGGUUAUCGUAGCAAAAUGUGCAAAUAAUUUUUUCUUCAAAUUAACUGAGCAAAAUGUUUGGCAAAUUUAAACAAACUAACUUAUUUUAGCUCCUUCGUGUAGGCUGUUGUUGAGCAACCCACCAACAUGUUUGACAUGGUCAUGAAUGAUACGCUAAGCAAUGAAUGAGUGCUCUUUAAGGUUCUCCACAAUAACCUCUCUGUUACCUGAAAACCCUCUUUAAACAGAGGCUUAACCAUGUGAGAGGAUCAGAAUGAGUUUUACAAUGUCCCAUAGAUGGCAAAACUUUGCUUUGUUGGCUAAAUGUUCAUGGUAGAAUUCAUCCAACCUUCCACUUUUUGGAAGGGCUCUUUGAUGUGGUCAGUUUCACCAAGGAGUCUGAGAAUAGUGGUAAGUUUUCUGGUGCUUACCUCUUUGCUUCUUAGAAGCACACUUGGAUCCAGAAGACACAUACAGUACUUCUUAGAAGAGGAUAUUUAAGUGCUGCCUUUUCUAAGAGCUUUGGAACCAUCUUCAGCAAAAACAGCUUGCAGUUCUGUCUGCACAUCAGCCUCGGUUUUUCAUUUUCUGGUUUCUUCUUCAUGUGCUACUCCAGGACUUGCUCUGUGAUACAUCCAACUUUCAGUUUGGUAACAUCCAUAUGGUAGACUGUGUUAGCAUAGUCAACUUCAGGAAACUUCAUGGAGGUAGUUGCAACUUUGAUGACACUUGGUUUGAUAAACUUCUCUAAUAGACCCCUCAGCAUAUUUGUGAGAUCACUGCACAUUAAAGGAAGCAUGGGUUUGUCAGUCUGAUAUACUGUAACUUCAGAACUGGGGUCAAUUCUUAAGCCACCAUUAGAAAAAAGCUUUGCUUGGAAGAGGUCAUCUUCCAUAAUCAUCUGAGCUAUCUUAAAAGACUUUUUAAUUGGCUCCAUAACAGUUUUCAUUUUUGCUGCCCUGUAAAUUUGCCCUGUAAAAGAGGACAAAAUCUGAAGGGCACGCUCAGCCACCACCAUAUUUCCCAGCCAACGAUGGCUACAGGUGUCAAGAGGGAAUAGUGUAGAACCAGUGACUUCUGUGUAGUCCUCUACAAGCUGAAACUUCUUUGAAAAACCAAAAAAAAAGACAAUUCAGACAUUUCCCAGCUCCCAAUGUGUGGCUUCACAUCCUGCUCUGAAGGAAUUGUGUAGGACACGGUAUGCAAACCACAACUUCCAACAUUUACCAUUUUCUUGCCCGUUUGUUUGUCAAUGUUCUGCUGGACCAGUACCUAGAUAACUUGGUAACCACAUGUAAGCUUCACUCCUUCCACAGAGACAAAGCUGUGGUUUACCAAAAGAUAAGAAUACAUGGAACUCUUGUUUAUUACCCAGGUCACUGUUUCCUCUUACAACAGAACUGUGAGUUUAACAUAAACAACACACAUAUGGCUAAGUGCACAUGAACCAUGAAUACUUUUAUGUGACACCACCUAAAUCUCACCAGGGUCCUCCUCUGCCUUAUCACUAACUAGACCAAGACUCUCAUAAUUUCUCUGCCAAGACUCAUUUUAUGAACUCUCCCACUAGCCCAGGAGAUCUGGAUCGUAAACCAGGAAUGUGAACUAAAGAAAAAAAGGAAAACUCUUCAUUUGGACACAAGUUCUGGUUCAGAUGCACCAGAACUUUCAACUGCCAUGAAACAGAUGCCAUUGUAUUCUGUGAGCAAAAUUCAAUUAUUUGAUAUUAGAUUGGUUUCUGUGUGAUGUUCAAUGCCUGAUCUACAGAUUUGCCAGGAAACUCCUUAAAAACAACAAAGGGACCUCAGACAACUUCUCAACAUGCUUUCUUUUGAAUGUAUAAAGCUGAAAUGAAAGUUGAUUUUGCUUGCAAUUUUUAUUUGUGUAUAUUUUAGUGUUUACUUGGUGUUACAUAGGGACAAGACCAUUCAUCAUGGAAUAACAUUUCUUUUGUUACAGCGUUUUAAAGGACCACACAUAAAGCCUUAAUAAUCUACAUGUAUGCAUUUAUUUUUAUUUUCUAACCAUUCUGACUUUUCUGCCUUUUUGAGUGCC